AUGGCUACCGCUGCUAAAGCUCCAGCUUCAAAAGGUCCAGCUGCAUCGGCAGAAAAAAAAGAAAAUAAAAAGGCAACUGUUACUACUGGUGGCUCUGAUGAAAAAAAAGUUAAAAAAAGAAAAGUCAGGAAGGAAACUUACUCGAGUUACAUUUAUAAAGUUUUGAAACAAGUGCAUCCUGACACUGGUAUUUCCAACAAAGCAAUGUCUAUUUUAAAUUCAUUCGUCAAUGACAUUUUCGAAAGAAUCUCGGGUGAGGCAUCAAAACUAGCCGCCUACAACAAACGAUCUACUAUUUCUUCACGAGAAAUCCAGACAGCUGUUAGACUCAUCUUACCAGGUGAAUUGGCUAAACAUGCAGUAUCCGAAGGUACAAAGGCUGUCACAAAAUACACAAGUUCUAAAUAA